AUGCACGAUCGAUCCCACAAGCCGCAGCCGGCGGAGGCCGGCAACGGCGGGCCGGCCGGCGACAGCGGCGGCGGGAACGUGGAUCGGGUGCUCUUCAAGAACCUCGUCGAGAUGGUGCCGCUCGUCGAGUCGCUCAUGGACCGGAGAGCUAACCCGGCCUACUCGCGUCGCACUUCGCUGGUAUACACGCCGGCGCCGCCCAAGAAGGCAAGCGAUUUGAAAAGUGUCAAGUUGCCACAGAGCGUAUCCGCCAAAAAACGGAGAGACCCUGGUGAUGCAGCCAAGAAGAGUGCCCAAGACUCUAAGGGCGACAGCGGCUCGGCUGUGCCAUUUUCUCUCUCCGGAGCUGAAAAUAAGCCCAAGGAUGAGGUUGCCAUGCUGCGCGAGCAGAUCGAUGAACUGCAAAAGAAACUGCUCGAGAAGGAGGAGGUGCUAAGAUCCGCGGAGAGCUCUGUGUCUGAGAUGAAUGCGGCAUAUGCAACCAUCGAUGAACUCAGGCGCCUGGUGGCUGACAAAGAAGCUUUGAUCAGAUCUACCAAUUCUCAGUUGCAUGAUGCAAAGAUUAUGCUUGCAGACAAGCAAGCUUGUUUAGAGAAACUGGAAUGGGAGGUAAAGAUGUCAAAUAAAAAAGUCGAAGAUCUUCAAGGAGAUAUGUCGAAUAUGGGAUUCGAGAUAAGCUCAUUGAUGGCAUUUUUCGAAAAAAUUUCAGAGAAUGUUUCAAGUGACUCUUAUGAUGAUACAAUACCAUCGUCAUAUGAAUUAGAGGCACUUCAAUCAACGAGUGAAAUUGACAAGAUUGAGGUCGACAAGAUAGAGCAGGAAAGGAUUACGUAUGCUGAAGCUCUCACGGCAGCGAGAGAGAACCCUGACGAGGAGCACUUGAAUAUAGCUGCGGAGGCAAGGUCAAGGCUGCAGUUGAGGUGCUUGUGGAAUCGUUCCGGUGGUAGUGGAGUGAGAACUGUAAACUGA